UGGACCGAGCCUCUGAGUAUGCUGUCUCUGAAGCUUUUUCCCUUCAAAAGUCAAGGUGUCCACAGAGGCCUUGGGGCCCUGUGACAAGUCUGGAAACUGCAGAACAGCUGCAAGUUCAUCGUGAGGCCUGUGAGGAAGCCCAGGAGCUGCUGCGUAACUGGAUGAAGUCCCAACUGCAACUGGAGCUGAGCGAUGGAGAAGAGGGAGCUGACUCUGUCCUUCAGAAAGAGCCUUCUGCAGCCCCUUCGAAGUAUGAGCACUUUGAUGACUUGUGCAGCUAUUUGGAAUGUGAAAUGGAAAGUUCCUCUGUCCAGAAAUACCUCCAGCAUCUUUUGCAGAGUGCAGAUGUGAACUGUGGGAUAGCAAAACACUUUAGACUUGAAGAGAUCAAGGAAAAAAAAAAACUUGCAGAUCCACGAAUAAUCAUGGAGCUCAGACACAAGCAGGUGAAAGAAAACCGUAUGAGGCAUCAGAAGGCUUUAGAGCUUCAGAGACAAGAAGAGUCCCUGAAGAAAGCAGUUCUGUCUGAGGCCAGGCUGCAGGCACAGGAGGAGGACAGAAGGAAGGCCCUGCAGGCUAAGAAGGAGGAGGAGGAAAUCCAGAGGGAAAUAGUGAAGCUGCGAAAGGAAAUGGCUGAGAAGAAGCAUACCAUGGCAAAAGUUUGGAGAAUGGAGGGGAAGAGACAAGAAAAAACUCAGAAGCCAUCAGUGCAUGAGGUAUCUGCUAUGUCACCAUCCCUGAUCCUGAAGAGAGAAGAGCAAGGAGAGGAGAAACAAAGAAAGACUCAGGAGUUGCUGCGCAGGAUUCACACCAGUAAGCAGAGAUGCUUGCAACAACAUUUCUCUGCUUGGCUGAAAGUCAUUCUGGAGCACAGAAUUAAAAUGGGAAAAGCCAAAGCCCUUGCUGACUGGAGAUGCCAACUGAAGGCCCUGCGAGCUUGGAGAAACUAUACUUGGGCCCAGAAAGUAGAGCAGGAGACACAGCAAUUGGAAGUUCAUCUCCAAGAUCAAAACAGGAAAACCCAACUGGCUGUGGAGCACAACCAGCGACGCCUCCUGCGCUGCUGCUUUCUGGCCUGGCAGCACUGGAGCCGAGCAGAGACGGAAAAACGAGAGCUGCAGCUGAAGAGGGAGCAGACAAAGAGAAAGAUGGAACAGCUGCUGGAGGCUGUGUCACUGGGGAAAGGUGGGGACAGGCCACUGGAGGUUAACAAGCCUGGGACAGGAGAAGUAAAUCAUCAUCAAGAUUUACAGCAAGACAAGCCAACUGAAACUUCCUUAAUACAGAAAGAGCCUGAUCAGACCAGAGACCAGUCUUGUUCAGAUGUUGUUCGCACAUCUAAUUUCUGCAGAAACCCCAAAUUUGCCUGGGAAAUUACCAUUAAACAUGCAGCCCUGAGUGCCCAGGACCAGGCUAUGUACAGGAAUCAGAUAGCCACAGUCCUCCAGCAGUUUCAGGCACUCAGUCCAGACAUAUCCCCUGCUUAUGGUAGUCGCUUUGAGCACCGUCACGCCUUUCAGCAACGUGUGAUUGAGGAGCAGAGGCAGCAGCUUCAGAAACAGCAAGAGCUGAUCCUUAAACUGCAGGAAAAUCAGAAGAUGAGCCGAGAUAAAGAAGAGGCAGCACAAGCUAUGGCUGCAACCCAGACAUUUAACAAUUCUGUUUCUCAAACCAAGGAGGAAAAACAAUCCAGAUGCAAGAAUACAACCCCUUUGAGCCCACCUGAUUCUCAUGGGCCAGAAAACAUGAGGGCAGCAAUGCAAGGCAAGAGGCCCUCCAGCCAGCUGACCUCGCCUCAUCCCAUACUGAAAGGGAUGGAGGAGAGAGCAAUUCAGCGGGCAGAACAGAAGAAGAAAAUAGAAGAAGCCAAACAACAAAAAGCAGAGAAAAAAUUGGCCCAGCUGAAGGCUGAAGAGGAAGCACGACAGAGGAAGGAAGCCGAGGAAAAGGAAGCACAGCGGGAGAAACGCCGGAAGGAGAGAAAGCAGCAGAAGCUGAAAGAACUGGAGAAGCAGAGGAGGCUGGAGAAAGAGCAGCAGCUCCAGAAAAAGGCUAGAGAUCACUAUGAGAAGGUCCUUCUCAGAAAGCUGGGAAUAGUGCCAUGGAAAAGGCUGAGGGAGAAAGCCAAGGAAAACCUAGUGGUGGCACAAAGGCACCACAGCAUGGGCCUGCAGAGGAAAUGCCUGAUGACUUGGCUGCAGAACACCCAGCAGAGUCUCAGGGAGAAGAUGUCUUGGGCUGAGGACUUCUAUUCCCAUAUGUUACUGAGAUGGGGCUUCAGGAACUGGCUAAAGUACAAGGAUUAUCUCUCUACUCAGGAGGAGAGAGCAAGUACCUUCCACACAGUCUGCCUUAUGAGGAAGUGCUUCUGGGCAUGGUUUGAUCAUACCAUGGAGGAAGAAAGGGUCUUAUGGAUGAGGCUGAAGAUUGCUACUGAACACAGUAACAAGAGACUUACACUGAAUGCAUUCAAGGCAUGGAGGCAGUACCCAUUACUGAUGAAAAAGGAAAGGGAAAGAGAAGAAAGAAGAAACCAGCUACGCAGGAGAGUAGCUGAAAUUCUCCCCAACUUCCAAACAUGACAGAAGAGAGAUGAGAUGGGAAGGAGACAAGACCAGUUCUGUUCAGUGCUAUCUCCCUGCUGACUGAAACAAGUCCAGGGGAAGGCUUACCAAGUGCAGAGGGUCUUAAGCCAAAGCGUCACCCUGUGGUCACUGAUGUUGUAAACACAGCAUAGAUGGAAGCUUAUCUGACAGUUUCACGUUGCACUUCAUGGAGUCAUUCCCCUCAAGCCUCUGUAGGGGUGUCUUGGCUGUUGGCCAUGAAGCCCAGAUAACCAAAGCCUAGCAUAGGCUGUGUUUGAGGCCAAGGCCAUUUCCACAUGCAGAGCUGCAGCAAUGACACAAAUCCUCCUCCAUCCAAGGAAGCACAGAACUGAACUGCACCUCUUUUUGCCUAAGCAGUAACUGGUGCUUUUUCAUUGGCAGUACUCUGUAGGGUGACAGCUUGUCCAAAGGGCAGACAGACCUGGCUGUCAGCUGACCCCUAAGCACUGCUGUGAACUUGGCCACCCAGAGCACAGUUUCUAGCUAACUAUGCCAGGAAAGUUUGGAUGAGAGGAGGAAAGGGAAGAGCUGUUUAUGCAAACUGUAUUUGCUAAUGAUCCAGAUCACAUCAUUGCAUAUAGAAAGUCUAAAACCUGGCUUCUUUUGUAAGGGGCUGCCUUGCUUGCAGCACUGGCCAGUUCACAAACACAGUGCUUUGAUUUUGGUACCAAGCAGUAAUCCCAAGUUUAUGAGCCUCAAUUGUCAUUUAAACACUUCCCAAGCUGUUUAAUAUUUCAGGGUGUAUCACACAUGUCUGUCUGGGCUAUUUCACUUGAUCCAGUACUUCAAAGAAAAAAGACAAAACUCUAAGAAAAAGGUAGAUUGUAGCUUUUACAGAAGCUAAAGCUGGCAUGAUUAAAAUGAAAGUUUCAUGCUACUGUUUAAGCUUAACCUGCAGCAUAAUGCAGACAGGGUAUGCCAAUCAGGUACACUAUGUCUUAGCAACAACAUAAGGCAGGAAGCUGGAAUCACUUCCCUCUCACAGCCAGAUAGGCAAAGCUCUCCAAAAGCAUUUGGCAGUACAGGAAGUACUUGAGUAAUACCAGAAAGAUAAAAUUUACUGUUAUCUUGUAACAGAUCAUUAGAAAAAUCCAUAUAUGCACUGAAAGUUUCCAAUAAACCCAAAUCUGUAACAAAUACAACUGAGCUAUUGGUGCCCAUUGUGUCAAGCCAACUGAAUGGCCCUGGACAGAAGGCCAGGGCCAGGGACAUAGACCAGCACUAAGUGCUGCAGACAAAGUGGCAUAGGACAAGAGUGGGUGCCCAAGCACAGCAGCACACUCAGAUCUUUAGCAUCAGAAAUUUGUUCAUGCAGACACAGGGAUGUGACCACAGAAAAGACCCUGCCCACAAAGCCAGGCUGUCAAGCAGGCUGUUGGUGCAGGUCUGAAGACAGCUGUCACUCCCAGGUUCCUCCUAGAGCCAUCCUUUGCAACACUCGAACAUUCUCCAUCUCCCAAAGGCCCAGUGUAGAUCUGACCAGCGGCAGGUCAGACGAGCACGUUCUCCCAGCACAGGGAGCUGAAGGUGCCUGCGUGGAGUGUGGGCGAGCUCAGACCAUCUGGCUGCAUUAAGAGGCAGAUUGUGAGAGGAAGCACAGGCUGGGAGAGGCUGGAUAACUCAUGUUGUGGGAGAGAGUGGGGAGCAUUUUUUGCUGAGGACUUGAGCCAAACAGGCAGGCAGGGAGGAGCAGAGCUGGAGCUGAGCUCCCGAAUGCCCUAGUGCAGCCAGCAGCCACACUCGGUGCUAGCAGCAGUCCACUUGCUCUUAGGAUAUUCUUCCCCACUACAAGUCUCUGCCAUGUAGUGCCCAAUGAGCUCCUGAAAUUCCUGAGCCAGCCCUUAUACUCCCAUUUUUCUGCUGGAAUUUUCCUCCCUACUGGGGAGAAUGGACACAGCAAGGAAGGUCUCUGGCCCACCCUCUACCUGCAUUUACAGUGUAAGGAUGUCAUUGGAUUCUGCUGGGAACCAGGGAAGCAGCCUUGAAUUUCUCAUGCUUCUCAAUAAACACAUAAGAGAAAAGAAUUAUAACAAUGAUUAUGUACCUGCAGGGUGCAUGAGCUAUAUAACCAGGAGUGUCACCUCCCUAGCACC